UCAGUGACGUGACGCCAACGCCUUAUAUGGCCGGGUUCCGGUGUGAGCGGAGGUCUGAGAUCACUUUUAAGUCUAACGGCGACAGUAGAGGACUGGACUCAGACACGGACGGGUUCUAGAUCCGGACCUGUGACGCAGAACCUGUCAGGAUGACCCGGUCAGCGCGUGUCCUCCCGGUCCUGCUGCUCUCCCAGGCUGUCUCCGCCAUGUUUCCUCGAGCCCAGAACAUCUCGUGGAAGUCCACCAACUUCAAGACGGUUCUGACCUGGGAACCCAAACCGUCAGCUGAUUACUCAUACACAGUGGAGUUCUCAGUGGUUGGAGGGGACAAAGAGCGAAACCAUCACUGUGUCAGAUCCAGCUCUACGACCUGUGACCUGUCUAUGUCUCUGACUAACCUGGAUGUCUGCUACACAGCUGACAUCUUGUCAGAACCCCCGCUUGGUGUGACCUCUGACCUCACAGAGUUCCCACACAGCAGCGCACCUCGUUUCUGCCCGACCACAGACACCGACAUUGGCCGACCAGAAUUCCAGAUAAAGGAGCACGAAGACAAAAAGUCUGUCACGCUGUACGUGUCAGACCCGCUCACCGCUCUCUUUAAAGAUGGCCGCCAGCAGAACAUCAGGGACAUCCUUUCUGACAAGCUCUAUUACAAAGUGACAUAUCGGAAAAAUAAGAGCUCCGGGAAAAAAGAGUUGGAGUCCAAGUCCAGUAAUAUAGAAGUGACUGGUCUGGACCCAGAGGACGGCUACUGCUUCAGCGUCCAGGCCUCCAUACCCAGCAGGACAGCCAAGCAGCUAGGGGAGAUGAGUCAGACGGUGUGCUCCAACAACACCAACCAGUCCAUCAUCAAAGAUUAUUCUCCAGGAGUUAUAGCUGGUUCCAUCCUCUUCGUCGUCGUAGCGAUCAGCAUCAUCAUCGCUGUCACUGUGACCUGCUGCAGACGCAAGAGGAAGGGCCCCAAGAACCGGAGAGUGAGAACGUAAAUUCUCUCUGUAGCGCACACACACACACACACACACACACACACACACACACACACACACACACACACACACUGUGGAACACUGGAACAGAUCCUUCUCUAGUUUCUGUGAAACUUUGAGAUAAAAUGAUGAAUUGGUGUUUUAGGAGAGAUUGAAUCAACAUUUAGUUUUAUGGUUUCUGCUGAUGGUACGCUGGUUAAAUGGGAUUUUAACUUUAACACUCUGAGGGGUUGGGGACACUAAAUAAAAACGUUGCACAGUUUAUUUUUUUAUCUGAUAAUUUAUUGCUUCUAAAGGAAAUGAACAUUGCUCUGCUUGGAUUGAUCUGAGAUAUUUUAUGUUUUAUAUUGUGAAAAUCAAACAUCCUGAUUAAAAUGAAUAUUAAUAAAAUAUUUUUCUGUAAAUGUUGUUAAAUGUGUUUUAAUAAAGCUGGGAACUAAA